GCCCGGUGGGGAUCCCCUGCUCGGCGGGACCCCUUGCCCGUCGGGACCGCUUGCCCGGCGGGACCCCUUGCCCGGCGGGACCGCUUGCCCGGUGGGGACCCCCUGUCCAGCUGGAGCUCCUGCCCGGUGGGACACCCUGCCCGGCGGGACCCCCUGCCCGGCGGGGACCUCCCUCCCAGCAGAACGGGCUCGGCGGCGCAGCAUGAGCAGCGUCCAGCUGCAGGACUUCGCGGCGGGCUGGGUGGGCGGAGCCGCCAGUGUGAUUGUGGGCCACCCCCUGGACACAAUCAAGACUCGUUUGCAAGCUGGGCAAGGAUAUGGAAAUACACUCAACUGUGUUCUCACUGUGUACCGAAAUGAGUCUGUGGCUGGCUUCUUCAAAGGCAUGUCCUUCCCACUGGCCAGCAUCGCUGUCUACAGCUCCGUGGUGUUCGGCGUCUUCAGCAACACACAACGGUUCCUCAGCCAACUCCGCCAUGGAGACCCAUCCCAUACACCAGCGCUUGCUGAUGUGGCUCUGGCCAGCAUGGUGGCAGGGUUUGUCUCCGUGGGCAUCGGCACUCCUGUGGACCUAGUAAAGAUACGGCUACAGAUGCAAACACAGCCUUACAUUGAAGCAAACAUUAAACUAAAGCCCACAGUUCCUGGAUUUCCUGUGUACCGAGGCCCAAUUCACUGCUUCAGGACAGUCCUACAGAAAGAGGGGAUAGCAGGAAUAUACCGAGGCGCGGGAGCAAUGCUUCUGAGGGAUGUUCCUGGGUACUGCCUCUAUUUCAUCCCUUACACAUUUUUCUGUGGAUGGAUUACCCCUGAUGGAUGCAUUUCCCCUAAUCCCUCCUCCAUCUGGCUGGCAGGGGGUGUAGCAGGAGCCAUUUCCUGGGGGACUGCAACUCCAAUGGAUGUUGUGAAAAGUCGUCUUCAGGCAGAUGGAGUUUAUUUAAACAAGUACAAAGGGACCUUUGACUGUAUCUUGCAGAGCUACCACAAUGAGGGCUUAAAAGUCUUUUUUAGGGGCAUCACGGUCAAUGCAGUGCGAGGAUUCCCAAUGAGUUCAGCCAUGUUUCUUGGCUAUGAACUUUCCCUCACAGCAAUGAAAAGAGACCAAACUGAGACCAAUCCUUAACUUCCAGUGUAGUCAAGAUGACCUGAAAGUCUCCUGCUUUCCUGAGCCAAAUCAGCAGCAUGGUGUUGGGGCUGCUCUGAUCGAAGUCUCCUGUUCUGCAACUACAGCAUCUGCUUUCUCUUCUGCCAUGGACUUUGUCCCUGGAGGACUCUGAAAACUGCACCAGCUCAAUGAAAUCAAAAUACCCUUUUUUAUAAAAUCUUUUGCUCUUUUGUCUAAAAGCACCUUAAUAAUUCCCGGGUUGAUGUUGGGUUUUUUCACCAAUGACAUUUUUCCCACUGAGUGGACAGAACCACUUCCCUUACCCACAUGAGUGAGACAGAUAUACCCAAACCCAGCCCAACUGACAUCAACCAAGGGAGUGUCUUUUGUACAAUACUGGGUACAACUUGUCUUUUUUGUGAACAAAGACAAGAGGAGGUGUGAUGGGUGUGCUGGUGCUUUUCGUGUAAGAAGGUAUGGAUUCUCACCAAAUCCCAGCUUGCUUUCAGGAUCCAUAUGAAUGGAUACUCACGUUUUGCAGCAUAAAACUCUCCAGUUUCCACAACUUGGGCAAGUUUAUAAUGAAAAGAUGUGACGGGCUUCAACAACUUCAGUUUGUUAUCUAAGGUAUAAAUUAAAUUGGGAAAAGGGAGGAUAUUAAUUUCAGAGACGAAGCUGCUCUUUUUCAUCAGAAAACAAUAAAACCAGUCUGCAUUUCACAUUGAUGGGUGCCUAUCAAUUUACGUAACUCACCUUGUGUAUAGCUCCAGGGACCUGUUAGAGGCAUCUCGUUGGACCAUCUGAUUUCCCUGAUGCGACAGUCUAGCUUUGCCAAUUGCCAAAUCCUGCAGACACCACUUUUCAGUCUUGAGAUACUACCAGCAAAGGAAGUCUCCUUAAAGGAUGCAGAGUUUAUCCCAAACUAUUCUCUAAAAUACACAGGCCAGCUUCAGACCUCCAGCUCUUUGCUACAAUCCUGCUGAGACAACUGGGGCAGACCCAGGUCUCUUUUUGCUCUACCUCAACCCUUCAAUUAUUCCAAGAUCUUUUACAUCAUUAUUAUUGCUGUUAAAUAUCUCCAUGCUUUAUUUUCUAAGCAUGGAAAUUCUGAUGCCAAAAACCAAGAAGAACUGGCUACUGGGACAAGAGGACUCUGGUGGCACUGGCAGGAGAUGCUGAGAGGUAACAGCCUUGCACGCAGAGGAACAUGUGGCAUGGGGGAACAGUCUGGGCCAACACUGUCCUCUGGGAAAUGUAUGGUUCCCCUCAUCUUCCUCUGGAGAAGAAUUCUGGGGAAAAAGGCCAGCAAUGGCAGUUUUAGCAGAUGCCCUCAUAAAGGUUUUUGAAGACAACCUGGAGCAGCGAUCCAGCUUUCCUCCAAAAAAGCUGGAGAAGGAAACUCCUACAUCCUCUUCCCUGGAUGAAUGGAGGAACUGGUGACAAGACUCGAAGACCUCAGCAGAAAGUGCCUAAAAACUCGAGUCUGGAGCAGUAUUCAGAAAUGGGGUCCCCAACCUUGGACUCCACUGGGGCCCAAACUAAAUCAGAAGUGUGGUUUCCCUCAAAACUGGCCUUAAAAAGUGGGAGAAACAGCUGGUGUUGUUUCUUCUCAGGACUUGCAGGUGAGUAGGCUCACGGUGCCUCUGAGCUUGGCAAGAACACAGGGAACUGGUUUUGAUAAACAAUAUAGAUAAAACUGAUGAGUCUCGACACAAGUAUUUGUUUCUGCAUUUGAGGAUUCAUCCUUUCCAUGUUACCUCUUUUAAUGCAUAUACAUAAAAUGUUCUCUAGAUGUGUAAUAUCAUAUGUCUCCAGGGAUAAUACCUGGGAAGACUGUUUUUUCAGUGCAAAUAAAGGGUGUCGCUCAUCUGUCUGCAUUAUGUAAAAUGAACCACUAAUUAAUUAAACCUAUGACGUUUGCAACCA